GGCCGGAAGUGGCCCUGACGGUGUCUGACUUGUCGCUCGGUGAUCCCGGGCUCCCGUUAAUUCUCUCUUUGCUUCGUCGUUUUUACGGAUUUCGGGCUGCUGUGAGGCGGGAAGCGCGCGGGUCCGUCAGUGGCGGACGGGGUUCUUCCGAACCUCGGAGGCAGAUGGCGGAGGGAUCUCAGGGUUCGAGCCUGAGGCGGAACAUAUGGCGGAGGGAUUUUCUGUGAUUUCAUACGCCGGAACGACACCGCUUUUAGAACGGAACCGAGCCCGAAUACGAGAGCUUCUGGCGGAUCCACACAUGAACCUCCGGGCCAAACGGAACCGCCGGUUCUGACGGUGAUUGAGCUCCGGUUAUCGUGCUUCCUCCAGCAAACUUGAAUCAUUUAGUCUGAAUAAAUGACCCAGUAUACUAUGAGUUCAGUUCUGACCCAGAUGACCCAAACGCUUUGAUCCGGACCAGCUGAAACAUUCCACUGGGUUCUGCAGGUUCUGCUGCAUAAAACCUUGCACCAAAUGAAAGGACUUUGGUUUGGAACCAGAACCUCUGUGGUCCAAACGGUCCCUUUGACCCGGCCGUGAACAGGGAGGAUGGCUCUAGGUGCAGCAGGGGGUUUGGGCGCCGUAUGAUGUCAUCAGGUCGCUCUGACUGUGGAAUCAUGGGAGGUGAAGUUGAGAACGGAACCACAGCGAUGGAGCCGGGCUCCUGCUGAGCGCGCUCAGAACUCUGGUACUGGUCCUGUGGGGUCUGGGCCACCAUGACGGAUAAAACGGCGCCGCGGUGUCAGCUGAGGCUGGAGUGGAUCUACGGGUACCGCGGCCAUCAGUGCCGGAACAACCUGUUCUACACGGCGGGGAAGGAGCUGGUCUACUUUGUGGCUGGGGUGGGGGUGGUCUUCAACACCCGGGAACACACCCAGAGGUUUUACCUGGGACAUAAUGAUGACAUCAUCAGCCUGGCGAUCCAUCCGGAUAAGAUCCAGGUGGCAACGGGUCAGGUGGGAAAGGACCCGUACAUCUGUGUGUGGGACACUUACGCCAUGGUGACGGUGUCCAUCCUCAGGGACGUUCACACUCACGGAGUCGCCUGUCUCACCUUUGACUCGGAUGGCCAGCGGUUGGCUUCAGUCGGUCUGGAUGCUAAGAACACGAUCUGCGUUUGGGACUGGCGGAGGGGGCGAGUCCUCGCCACGGCAACCGGACAUUCGGACAGAAUCUUUGAUGUCUGCUGGGAUCCACUUCAGUCUAGCCGGCUCGUCAGCUGCGGGGUCAAGCAUAUAAAGUUCUGGACUCUGUGCGGGAACGCUUUGACUCCAAAGCGAGGUAUUUUUGGAAAGACGGGGGAUCUGCAGACCAUCCUGUGUGUGUCUGCGGCCAAAGAUGAGCUGACGUACUCUGGAGCGCUGAACGGAGAUGUUUACGUCUGGAAGGGAGUCGCUCUGGUCAGAACCAUCCAGGCCGCUCAUGGGGCAGGAAUCUUUAGCAUGCAUGCGUGUGAGGAGGGGUUUGCCACCGGAGGGCGCGAUGGCUGCAUCCGUCUGUGGGACGUUGACUUCAAACCCAUCACCAAGAUUGACCUGAGGGAGACGGAGCAGGGCUACAAAGGUUUGUCGAUUCGAAGUGUUUGCUGGAAAGCGGACCGGAUUCUUGCUGGGACUCAGGACAGCGAGAUUUUUGAGGUGCUGGUUCGUGAUCGGGACAAACCAGUUCUUCUGAUGCAGUCGCAUAGUGAGGGUGAGCUGUGGGCGCUAGCUCUGCACCCCAAGCAGCCAGUUGCUGUCACAGGGAGCGACGACCGCUCAGUAAGGCUUUGGAGUCUUCCUGACCACACCCUGCUGGCACGCUGUAACAUGGAGGAGUCUGUUCGAAGUGUUUGCUUUAACAGUGAUGGGUCUCAACUGGCUCUGGGCAUGAAGGAUGGGUCAUUCACGGUGCUGCGAGUCAGGGACAUGACAGAGGUUGUUCACGUCAAGGACAGGAAGGAAGUCAUCCACGAGCUCAAGUUUUCUCCAGACAGUUCCUUCUUGGCGGUAGGAUCUAAUGACGGAUUGGUGGAUGUGUAUGCUGUGUCCCAGCGUUACAAGAAGGUGGGGGAGUGCCGUUCCAGCUCCUUCAUAACCCACCUGGACUGGUCUGUUGACAGUCGCUUCCUGCAGACUAACGAUGGUGCUGGAGAGCGGCUCUUCUUCAGAAUGCCAGCAGGAAAGCUGGUUCCUAAAGAGGAGGCAAAAGGGAUCCACUGGAUGACCUGGACAGGGGUUAUUGGACCUGAGGUGAAUGGAAUCUGGCCCAAAUAUUCUAGUGCCACUAAUGUGAACUCUGUGGACGCCAACUACAGCAAUGCGGUGCUGGUGACCGGGGAUGAAAUCGGCCUCAUCAGACUCUUCAGGUUCCCCUGCUUGAAGAAAGGGGCCAAAUUUAAAAAGUACAUCGGCCACUCUGCCCAUGUGACCAAUGUUCGCUGGUCCAACGACCUGCAGUGGGUCAUUUCCACUGGGGGGGCCGACCACGCAGUCUUCCAGUGGAGAUUCCUUCCUGAGGGAGUCAUGAACGGCGUUUUAGAGCCUCUCCUUCAAGAGGGCUACGCUGACUCCAACAGCGGCGAGUCCGACUCAGAUGUAUCAGAUAUCCCGGAACUGGACUCGGACAUCGAACAAGAAUCUCAGACGAAUUACGAACGUCAGGUCUACAAGGAGGACCUCCCACAACUUAGGAAGAAGCUGAUUGGGUCUUUGAAGCGACAGAAAGCUCCGGAGGAGGGGCUUCGCCUUCAAUUUGUUCACGGGUACCGCGGCUUUGACUGCCGUAACAACCUGUACUACAGUCAGACGGGGGAGGUGGUCUAUCACGUGGCUGCUGUUGGCGUGGUCUACAACCGUCUGCAGCACAGCCAGAGGUUCUACCUCGGACACGAUGACGACAUCCUUAGCCUCACAGUCCAUCCACUGAAAGACUACGUUGCCUCUGCUCAGGUGGGGCGGGACCCGGGCAUCCAUGUAUGGGACACCCAAACCCUGAACUGCCUGUCCCUGCUUAGAGGACAACACAACAGGGGCGUAUGUGCCCUGGAGUUCACAGCGGAUGGAAAGAGUUUGAUCUCUGUGGGAAUUGAUGAGUCUCACAGCAUCGUCAUCUGGGACUGGAAGAAAGGGGAAAGGCUGUCCAAAGCCAGGGGUCACAAAGACAAGAUCUUUGUGGUGAAGAGCAACCCCUUCAGGAUGGACAAACUGGUGACUGUGGGGAUAAAACACAUCAAGUUCUGGCAGCAUUCAGGUGGCGGUCUGACGUUUAGAAGGGGGAUUUUUGGGAACCUGGGGAGACAGGAGACCAUGAUGUCAGCGUGCUAUGGUCGAUCUGAGGAUCUGCUCUUCUCCGGAGCCACAAACGGAGACGUUUACAUCUGGAGAGACACGACUCUCAUCAAGACCAUCAAAGCUCACGAUGGGCCGGUGUUCGCCAUGUGCUCCCUGGAUAAGGGAUUCGUGACGGGGGGAAAGGAUGGGGUCGUGGAGCUGUGGGACGACAUGUUCGAGCGCUGUCUGAAGACCUACGCCAUCAAAAGAGCAACGCUGUCCCCGUCCUCUAAAGGUCUCCUGCUGGAGGACAACCCAUCCAUCAGGGCAAUCACUCUGGGCCAUGGUCACAUCCUGCUUGGAACCAAGAACGGGGAGAUCCUGGAGAUCGACAAGAGUGGACCCAUGACCCUGCUGGUUCAGGGUCACAUGGAGGGCGAGGUUUGGGGUUUGGCGGCACACCCCCUGCUUCCUGUCUGCGCUACCGUCAGUGACGACAAGACUUUGAGGAUCUGGGAGCUGUCGUCCAACCACAGGAUGGUUGCCGUACGCAAACUGAAGAGAGGGGGGCGGUGCUGUGCCUUCUCCCCAGAUGGUAAAGCUCUGGCAGUCGGUCUGAACGAUGGAAGCUUCUUGGUGGUGAACGCUGACACUUUGGAGGACAUGGUGACCUUCCACCAUCGCCGAGAGCUCAUCUCAGAUAUCCGCUUCUCUCAAGAUGUAGGCAAGUACCUGGCUGUGGCCUCUAACGACUCCUUUGUGGACAUCUACAACGUCCUGACCAGCAAGAGAGUCGGGGUCUGCAAAGCAACUGCAAGCUGCAUCACUCACAUUGACUGGGACUCCAGAGGAAAGCUGCUUCUGGUCAACACUGGAGCUAAGGAGCUGCUCUUCUUUGAGGCGCCACGAGGACGGCGGCAGAACAUCAGCCUCACUGAGUUCGAGAAGCUGGACUGGUCUACUUGGACGUCAGUCCUGGGUCCCACCUGUGAAGGGAUCUGGCCGGCGCUGAGCUUCGUCAAUGCCGCUUCGCUCUCCAAAGAUCGAAAACUUCUCGCCACUGGAGACGACUUUGGUUUCCUGAAACUCUUCAGUUUCCCAUCCAGGGGCCAGUUUGCAAAGUUUAAGAAGUAUGUGGGUCACAGCACCAAUGUGACCAACGUCCGCUGGUCUAACGAUGACUCUGUGCUGCUGUCGGUGGGUGGCGGGGACACGGCGCUGAUGAUCUGGUCCAGAGAGCCUCCGGGUCACAAAGAGAGUAAAGCUGUGGACAGCGAGGAGUCCGAUGACGACACUGAGGAGGACGGAGGCUACGACAGCGACGUGGCACGGGAGAAGGCAGUGGAUUAUGUCACUAAGAUCUACUCAUCCAGCAUCAGGAACAUGUCAGGAACCAAACCCCACCUUCAGCACAAGGAGCUUCCUGUGGAGGACAGGCCUCCAGUGAGCCGAGCCACUCCGCUGCCGGACAAACUGUUGAGGAACAACGUGACCAAAAAGAAGAAGGUGUUGGAGGACCUGGUCUUGGACCACGUCUUUGGAUACCGAGGCUUUGACUGUCGCAACAACCUGCACUACCUAAAUGACGGCACUGACAUCAUCUUUCACACCGCCGCCACUGCGGUCAUCCAGAACCUGUCCUCCGGAACCCAGACCUUCUACCUGGAGCACACUGACGACAUCCUCUGUCUGACCGUCAACCAGCACCCCAAGUACCAGAACGUGGUUGCCACCGGGCAGAUUGGUGAUUCCUCUGAGCAGCCAGGUCUGGCUCCGUCCAUCCAUGUUUGGGAUGCCGUGACCAAGCAGACGCUGUCCAUCCUGCGCUGUUCGCACGCUAAAGGUGUUGGCUACGUGAACUUCAGCGCCACCGGGAAGCUGUUGCUUUCCGUGGGGGUGGAGCCAGAGCACACCAUUACAGUGUGGAGGUGGCAGGAAGGCACUAAGGCGAGCAGCAAAGGCGGCCAUACUGAGCGGAUCUUCGUGGUGGAAUUUAGACCAGACUCGGACACCCAGUUUGUGUCGGUCGGGGUCAAACACAUCAAAUUCUGGACUUUGGUUGGUGGCUCGCUUAUGUACAAGAAGGGUGUGAUCGGCUCGGUGGAGGACAGUCGGGUUCAGACCAUGCUGUCCGUGGCGUUUGGCGCUAACAACCUGACGUUCAGUGGCGCCAUCAAUGGAGAUGUUUACGUUUGGAGAGAGCACUUCCUGGUGCGGGUGGUGGCAAAAGCACACAGUGGCCCCAUCUUUACCAUGUACACCACCCUGAGGGAUGGGCUGAUCGUCACCGGCGGGAAGGAACGACCGACCAAGGAGGGAGGAGCUGUGAAGCUCUGGGACCAGGAGAUGAAACGCUGCAGAGCCUUUCAGCUGGAGACGGGUCAGCCAGUUGAGAAUGUCCGCUCUGUCUGCAGAGGAAAGGGUAAAAUCCUGGUGGGAACCAAAGACGGAGAGAUCAUUGAGGUUGGAGAGAAGAACGCUGCCUCCAACACCAUGAUCAAUGGACACACUCACGGGGGGAUCUGGGGUUUGGCUUCUCACCCUUUCAAAGAUGUCUUCAUCUCUGCUGGUGAUGAUGGGACCAUCCGGAUAUGGGACCUGGUUGAUAAGAAACUGCUAAACAAGGUCAGUUUAGGUCAUCCUGCUAAGUGCACAUCCUACAGUCCCAACGGAGAGAUGGUGUCCAUCGGCAUGGAGACCGGAGAGUUCAUUGUCCUGCUGGUCAACUCUCUGACCAUUUGGGGGAAGAAGAGGGACCGUAAUGUCUCCAUCCAGGACAUUCGGUUCAGUCCAGACAACCGGUUCCUGGCCGUGGGUUCGGUUGAAAGUGCGGUGGACUUUUACGACCUGUCUCUUGGGCCUUCUCUCAACCGGAUCGGUUACUGUAAAGACAUCUCCGGUACCGUGAUCCAGAUGGACUUCUCUGCUGACAGCAGGCACAUCCAGGUGUCCACCAGCACCUACACUCGUCAGGUGCAUGAAGUCCCGUCUGGAAAGGUUGUCACCGAGCAGAAUGCCAUUAACAGGAUUACCUGGGCCAGCUGGACCAGCAUCCUUGGCGACGAGGUCCUCGGCGUUUGGCCCCGUAACGCCGACAAGGCCGACGUGAACUGUGUGUGCGUUUCCCACGCCGGCCUGAACCUGGCGAGCGGAGACGACUUCGGCCUCAUCAAGCUCUUCGAGUUCCCGUGUCCUGAGAAGUUUGCCAAACACAAGCGGUACUUCGGUCACUCCGCCCACGUCACCAACGUGCGCUUCUCCUGUGACGACAAGUUCUUAAUCAGCGCCGGCGGCAGCGACUGCAGCCUCUUCGUCUGGAAGUGUCAUUGAACUUCCUCCAGCCUCUUCUUCCUCGCCAGCGUCAGACAGGCUCCGCCUACAGUCCAGCGAUGAGAUGGCUGCUGCUGUGUUUUGUGUUCAGAUCUGUGUGAGUCUUAGUUGUGUUUGUGUUGUGGUGUUUGUGCCUUCAGCACAAAUCUGUUCUUUAAACUGUGGUGCUACAAUCAUUCAGGGCUCCAACAGCAGGAAAAAAACCUGUGAUUCAGUAGCAACUCGUAAAAAUGGAAUAAAGUUCAUUUCUACCUCAAA